AUGGUGUACACCAUGGAAAUCUAUACCGACGGGGGCUGUAGAGGCAACGGACGGUCGUGGGCAAUCGGCGCCGCUGCCGCCGCUUUCAAAAACCGAAAUGGCAAUUACGUUGAGGCGUGGACACGAUCCUUGCCCUCGUAUCCUGCACCUACAAACCAGCGGGCCGAACUCACUGGCAUCAUCAUCGCGCUGGAGCAGGCCCUGGAAAGGUACCACGAGCUGGACUCGGAUCCGUAUCUAGAUAUCACGAUCUAUUCGGAUUCCAAAUAUGCGGUUAAUUGUAUGACCACUUGGAUAAAGAAGUGGCUCCGAAACGGAUGGACCAAUGCCGCGGGCUAUGAGGUUGCUAACCGAGAUCUUAUUGAGGAGGCUUUCGAUCUUGGUGACCGACUGAAACGCGAGGGAGACGUGAACUAUGUCUGGAUUCCGAGGGAAAAGAAUGAGUAUGCUGAUGAAUUAUGCAAUGAGGAUAUGGACCAGCAAUGA